AUGACCUCCGAGUCAUGGACAUCGCUAGAUUCUACUCCAGGCAGGUGCAUUUUCUUUCGGCCACUCGGAAUCACAGAAACUACCUUCUAUUGGACUGGCGUUUUAAACAACACCGCAGAUGUCGUGAUGCACAUACACCUUCGUGCCACACAAGCCAGUGACCAAGACAUUCAUUCCCAAUCGAAUGUCAUGCGUGCUUGGGCGUCUGUCAAAAGGCGCUUCCCCCUCAUCGCAGCCGAAGUGGAAGAACACGAGUUUGGUCCACGCUUCAUCAUCCGUGAAGAAACAGUCAUGAAUCUUCGACCUGAUGAUGUCACAUUCUUAGAGGUCAAUUCCUUUCACCAUGCUGAAUGUUUCAUAAACGACAUUAUGGAUGGACCUCGGCGCCUUUCAUCUCAGUUACUUACUCGUGCUUACAUUCUGCGCCGAACAGAUAAAAGUGACCAUUUCCACGUCGUGGUUGUGAUUGCCCACUGCAUUUCAGAUGCAGCUGGCACGAGCACAGUGCUUAGGGCGUUCUUUGACACACUGUCAUCUCGGAUUGAACCACCGUAUAUUCCUCUAGGCAAGAGAGUGCGUAUGUAUCAGGCUUUUGAGAGUAAUUUGGGUUGUAGCGAUCUUCCACUUGUCAAACAACGGUGGAGGCGGGCAUUGGGUUAUGCAAUCGACUUAGCAUGGAUGUCCCGAUUCAAGGGCGGUCACACCCUCCCCGGAGACUUCAGGGAAUCCACACCUCAUACUUCCCCUAAAAACCGCAACCACGUCUCAAUAUUUUCGAGAGCAGUGUCGUCAACCAUUCUCACCAAUUGCCAUCGCCACGGCAUUACCAUGAACUCCGCGUAUUACGCCCUCAGUCAAGUGGCCAUGGCACGCGUUUUAUGUCGACGGUACCUCAGGGGCCAGAUCCCGGAAGAGGAAUGGGAGUACAGGAAGCGCCAGCCCAUGUGUGUCCUCGGGCCGCUGAACUUGCGCCCGUAUCAAGAUAAGGACUGGUUUGAGAGGGGAGGCUCGGGCGAUGUUGGUGUCGGCGUCGGCCUCGUCCGCAGACUGGAACUCGUCGAUGGGGCACCGGACUUCCCUGCGCUCAUGUCUUUCGAUCGGUUUCUUCUCCGAUGUGCUAAUGUGAAGGCGCAAGCCCAGAAGCUGCUCGAACACCCACGGUUGGCUGAUAUAUGUACUUCCACCCUGAGACUCUAUUGGGCUGCUUUCGGGAAGGAAGUUGCUUUGAAGUCGUUGAAGAUGAGAGACAGCGUUCACCCAGAGGACGGCGAUAAAAGUGUAUCCGUUCAGUCUUUGAACCCGAUAUACACACAAGUAGGAGCCACUCUGGGCAAUAUGGAUAAUCUGGUGCCCAUAGACUAUCCUCUACCUCCCGAGCACUACCUGUCACCCCUGCACAGCACGCCUCACGCCCACCGUGCAGGUUAUCUACCGUGGUCACCACAGGCCACUGCUUUCGAGGAUGCCAAAACACCGCGACUCCAUGUUGAGUACUGGCGUGUCCAUCCUCACACACCGCCUGCCGAGCUGUAUCUUGGUGCGUCGACUGUGCGCCAGCAGCUGCAAUAUUUUGCCUCCUACGAUCAACACGUCUUCAGUGACAAGGUUGUUGUGGAGUGGUUGAGUGAGCUGAAGGAUGCGACGUUGUGGUAUCUGGGCCAGCCCCAUGGCAAUGAAACGCCCUUACAAAGUAAGUUGUAG